AUGAGCAUGGCGUCGACGGCGCCGGUCAUGCCGGGUGUCACGCUCUCCUUCGAUCCGGACAAGGAUCUCAUGCCGGUGAUCAUGAUCGCCGGUGUCGAGAACCUGCUCUAUGUGAAUCCCAAGCUGCCGUUCAAGACGGUCAAGGAGAUCAUCGACUACGCCAAGGCAAACCCGGACAAGCUGACCUACGGUUCGUCGGGCGUCGGCAGUUCCUACCAGCUCUGGGCCGCGCUCUUCACCUCGAUGGCCGACAUCAAGAUGCUGCACGUACCGUUUCGCGGCGGUCCGCCGGCCAUCGCCGAGAUCAUUCGCCGGCAGGAGUCGACAUGA